UGCUUUCUGCUAACGCUGUAACUAAACGCUCCUCCUCCUCUUCCGCCGCCGCCGCCACCGCCGCCAUGGGAGAAGCUUCAAGGUACACUCUACCCGACACCGUGCGAUCAACAGUGUUCAAGGCGUCCGAGUCACUGGAAGGCACCUCCGCCAAAAUCGAGGGCUACGAUUUCAACAAGGGCGUCGACUACCACGAGUUGCUCAAGUCGAUGGCCGUCACCGGCUUCCAGGCCUCCAAUCUCGGCGAUGCCAUCCAGCUAAUUAAUGAAAUGCUAGAUUGGAGGCUUUCGGAUGAGACUCCGGCGGAUGAUUGCAGCGAAGAGGAGAGGGAACCUGCUUAUAGAGACUCUGUGAGGUGCAAAGUGUUUCUAGGUUUUACUUCGAAUCUGACCUCUUCUGGAAUUCGAGAUAUUAUCCGCUAUCUCGUCCAGCAUCGUAUGGUUGAUGUUGUGGUAACCACAGCAGGUGGUGUGGAGGAGGACCUUGUUAAGUGUCUUGCACCGACUUAUAGAGGCGAAUUUUCUCUGCCUGGGGCAGUUCUACGCUCAAAGGGCCUGAACCGCAUUGGUAAUUUGUUGGUUCCUAAUGACAACUACUGUAAAUUUGAGGAUUGGAUCAUCCCUAUUUUUGAUCAGAUGCUAGAUGAGCAAACUUCUCAGAAUGUACUAUGGACGCCUUCUAAAGUAAUUGCGCGCCUGGGGAAAGAAAUUAACGAUGAAUCAUCAUACUUGUACUGGGCAUAUAAGAACAAUAUCCCUGUUUACUGCCCUAGCUUAACAGAUGGUUCACUAGGUGACAUGUUGUACUUCCACUCUUACAAGAAUCCUGGUUUAGUGGUUGACCUUGUCCAAGAUAUUAGAGCAAUGAACGGUGAGGCUGUCCAUGCCGGGGCAAGAAAAACUGGGAUGAUUAUCCUCGGAGGAGGGCUCCCCAAGCACCACAUAUGCAAUGCCAAUAUGAUGCGAAAUGGUGCAGAUUAUGCAGUGUUUAUUAACACUGCACAAGAGUUUGACGGGAGUGAUUCAGGUGCUCGUCCAGAUGAAGCCGUGUCCUGGGGAAAAAUUCGAGGUUCUGCCAAGACAGUUAAGGUGCACUGUGAUGCAACCAUUGCUUUCCCGCUGCUCGUUGCUGAAACAUUUGCUGCGCAGAGAAAGAGAUCUGCUGAAAGAAGCUCUUGAUUAUAGGAUGUGUUGCGGGUCGUAGCCCCUUCCAGCCACAUAGAUCGAGACAUAAUUCGAGAGUGACUUGAUUACAUACUUAUUUUGUACUACCUUAACCUGCUAUUUUUCAGUUGUGAACUAGUUGGCAUAAUGUAGUCUUUCGGGAGCACGACAUAUGGAUUAGCCCCGCGUAAAAACUACGAGUUCGAUUGUA